GAGGCUUUACUUCUCUUGGUGGGCAUGAAGCUUAUUAUUGGAGUGACAGUUGUGGGUGAAGUUGCAAACGUGAGGUCUAAUCUUGAUAGGGUCUGCUUCUCGAUCACUGCCUAAAUAGAUUAGUGUUAAAAUUCAGACAGGACAUUCCAGUCUCUCCUCUUAUAUAAUGGCGUGUUUUGCUGCCACACUUGGUAUCGUUAUUCUUUCAGGACACAUCAAGCUCUCCGCAGCAAACAAGGAAGCCUGCGACCUCUAUGCUGCAGUUGGACAGAGUCGGACUCUGCCUCUCGUCUACAAGGGACUGACAAACAAACACACGCUGAGGUGGACUCACAAUAAGACAAUAAUCUUCUACAAACAGAAUGGCAGAGUGUCUGUUGGAAAGACAGAGGACGUUUCUGCAACCGGAGCUCUUCAGUUAAAGGCCGUACAGUUCUCAAGUGCAGGAGAUUACCAAGCAAAUCUACUGCAUCCAAACGGUACUUUUGCCCAAUCGUGGAGCGGCCGUCUCUGUGUCCUGAACAAGGUAUCAAAACCUAAACUCACUUAUGUCUGUGACUUCAAGUCCAGUGCUGUUAAUCUAAAUUGCAAUGUAGCCAAACCCCAGGGUUUGUUGUUCUCAUGGACACUUGAUGAUAAGACACUGCAAAGUGAAGAAAGACAAACUUUGAGUAUAUCACUGGCUCACUUGAAAGGAGAGAGGAACUUCACAUGCAGUGUGGCAAACAAGGUCAGCAAAGAGAGGAGUGAUACUGUUUGUCCAGCCUGUAAAAGUCCAUCACCAUCACCACAAUCAAAGGAGCUCUGUUUUAAACCUGCGACUGUUGUGCUAGCCUUAGCAGGAGGAUUGACUCUGAUUGUGCUUUUGCUCAUCAUCACCAUCACAUUAUGUUGCUGCCACAGACGUAAUGAAACACAAAAGACACUCACAGGAAAAGGUGACGUCAGAAUGCUUUCUCUAAACAAGCGAGGGUCAGGGUCCAUCAGCCCCGACUAUGAGACGAUGCACCCGACUGAGAACACUACUCUUCCAAGCCAUCAGCCUUCACCGAAAGCCUGUUACCAGGAAAUGUCUCAGCCUGACGUUCAGAGUGAAAGCAAACCUCUGGAUCUGCCCACAGCUGCUGAGACAAAACAACCUUCGCCUGUGCCCAAACCAAGGACCAAGAGUCCACAUCAAACAACUAAAUGAACCUGAAACAUGUACCGGUUAUUGUGACCCAAUACAACUGAACCAAUAUCAAGAAACUUUAUUCUACAUUUUUAAUCAAUGUCAUUUUAUCACUGUAAAAAUGCAAUAUGUAAGCUAUAGUGACAAUGUAAAUCUUUAAAUGUGAUGUGACUUAUCUAAUAUGCUGUGGAAGUGAUAUUCUUUAACCAUGUCUGUGCAACUGGCUUAAGAAUAAGUGUUUCAUUUGUGAUUUAAUAAUCCUUUGUUUGGUCGACUAAAAAUAGUGUUUGGGUUGUGUAGAUAGUAACAUAUCAGAGAGAAACGGUGUGUUGAUAGUUUUGAAACAGCAUUUACAGCAUUCACAAAUGUAUGUCCUUAUCUCGUCUGAAUUUUAUUUUCUAAUAUCACCGUAAUAAAUAAAGUUGCAAGGAA